AAAUCAAUGUAAUUCGCAAAGAGAGAUUACAUAAAGAAAAACUCGAUAUGUGCACCAACUGGGAUGAUUUGAAAUAGGAGAGUACGUCCUAAAUGCGACCAUCUAUCUGCCAUAAUGAGUUGUAGUCUAGCUUGCCCAUUAGAAGGUCUCUCCAACGCUACAUGAGCAACUCCCAUUGAGAACGCGCGCACGUAAUCAUCGUUGCAUUUAGUUGCUGCAAACAUGCUCUAGCAGCUCAACCCGAGAGUUUUCGCCACAGCAGUUGUUUCUUGCAUCUCGCCGAGCAAUGUCCAAGAAAUCCAAUAUUGUGUGCAAGGAAAUAUCCCUUCCGUGGGAUAUUGAGAAACGCGCCCAGUGGUAUGGAGACUUCAAGAUGAUCACUGUGAAUGUAAAGGAGAGACCAAAGGAUCUUCCAGUGGCUGAUCGAUGGUCCCUGACGCCGUGCUACAUGCCCGAAAUGUAUCGUAGCUAUGCGGAUAAAAUUGCAACAUUUGAGGUGAGGCAGGAUGAUGUUUGGGUGGUGUCGCAGCCAAAAUGUGGUACAACGUGGACGCAGGAAAUGGUGUGGAUGAUCAAUAAUGAUUUGGAUUAUACCAAAGCCCAGGAGAUUAAUCAGGAUAUUCGUUUCCCAUUUUUUGAAAUUGCAACAAUUUUCCCACCACAUUGCAACAUAGAGUUGGAAAGUAUUGAAAAGUGCGCAAAAUUGGUCAGCCCACGGCAUAUUAAGAGUCACCUUCCAGCACAUCUCCUCCCCGAGAGCCUUUGGCGUGUGAAACCCAAAAUAAUUUAUGUUGUGCGUAAUCCAAAAGAUGCCUUUGUGUCCUUUUAUCAUCACACAAAAAAUCUCAAUGGAUUCCUUGGGACCUUUGAGGAUUGCAUUGAAGUCUUCAUGGCUGGAUGCUACAACUAUGGACCCUUCCAUAGUCAUGUGCUUGAUUUUUGGCAAAUGCGCAACGAGACGAAUAUUCUUUUCCUCACAUAUGAAGAGAUGAAGAAGAACCUCCCGGGAGUCAUUGAAAAAACCGCCAAUUUUCUCGGGAAAUCCCUCACGAGCUGUGAAAUCUCUCAACUUACAACCUACUUAUCCUUUGACUCCAUGAAGAACAACACGAGCGUCAAUAAGAAUUAUUUCUGCGACAUUAUGGCACAAUUUCUCGAUCCAAAGAACAAGGAGACAGAUUUUGCUUUCAUGCGCAAAGGACAAACUGAGACGUUUCGGGAAAAGCUCACAAAUGAGCAGAUUCAGCGUUUUGACGAGUGGACAAAGCGUGAACUUGCAAAUACUGACUUCCGCUACUGAGAUAAAGGCCUAAG